UUACGUGCUAAUAUGCUAUAAACAUAUAUCUAGGGUUAGGGCUUGGUCAUACCACCACAAAACCAUAAGUACUUGUUUCCCCUCUCUUUCCCUCUCUCAAUCACCAACUCACCGCCCCGAACUUCUAAUUUGCCAUCUUUGAUUCUGAGUCAAAAAAUCAGUCAGUAAAUUCAGCAUAGUGUCAAGGGGGUUCGGCGAAAUCAAGAAACGCAAUUAAUAAACAAGAUCUUAAACAGGUGUCUAAUUUAUCAGAAACUUAAAUGAGGAAGCGGCUAGUAGUUUUGAGAAGGACAGAAGAAGCUUCAGCAGCUUCAUCUUUCACCGUCGUGAGAUAUGGAGAGUGCCAGAAGAACCAUGCCGCCGCGGUAGGAGGCUACGCUGUUGACGGGUGCAGAGAGUUCAUGGCAAGUAAUGGGGAGGAGGGAACAACUGCUGCGCUCACCUGUGCCGCCUGUGGCUGCCACAGGAAUUUCCACAGAAGAGAAGUAGAGACCGUCUCCGAGUGCUUUUCGCCUUCUUCAAAUGGUGCUUAAUUAAAAUAAUUAAGCAGCUAUAUAUAAUAAUUAUUAUUAUUAAGUGUGUGGUUUGAGAGAUAUUGUUGUUUUAGUUUUUUCUGGGUUGAGAGAUUACGGAAAUAUAUGCCUAGACAGUCUAUUAUAUAUGUAUGGAUGGAAGGUUAAAAGGUAUUGUAUUUUCCUAGUUGAUUUAAGUGUGUGCAGAUACUCUUCAUUUAGCCGUCCAGAGCAAAAAUUAAAGAAAAAUUCUCCGCCGCAGGCUCCUACUUUGGUUUUGGGGUCGAGGGCUAUCUUCUUCAAAAUCAUUCUUAGCAUUUUUCCUCUCCUUUUCCUUUUAUUUUGUUUGGUGUAGAAUCGAUGUGAAACGCUGCAAUUGCCGUUAUAGUCGUCAUUUGCCCACACAUAGAGUAAACGCAAGGUUUGGAUCCAGUUAUCACCCUUGAUAUAGUGUUGAAGCAGGAAGUCGUGAAAUAUGUCAGUUUAUGUCGGAAGAUGUUAGUUUAGUCAGAUCGACACUAUGAAUUUAGCUGGUGCAGUGAUAUGGCUUUCAGAUGUCCAAAGAAUGUGGAGUGACAACCUGAUUUUAUCUUUUUAUCUGUUUAUGUAUAAUAAUUUCCACGAA